CUGUUUUACUUGUCAUUCAGACAUCCCAGGAAUUCAACACGACUAGGAGCCAACCCGCUCGGCACAACAGGGGUAUUUUAAGUCAAAAUCGCGUCCUCGUCGCCGAGAAAGGUCGAGGAAACGUCGUUUGUCGUCAAAAUAGGACAAGUGUCGAGGGAAGCGGCAGCUACGGACACUGCGGCAUGCAGAUGUGAAGUCAGAACCUUGCUACCCUCUGCUGCAACCCUGGACUGAGUGACAUCCUCUUCAUCCCCUUCAUUGUCAUCAUACAUGCUCUUACAUGAAGAGAGGGGAGAAACCCGAAGGAUACAGACAGAUGAGGCCCAAAACGUUCCCCGCCAGUAACUACAGCGGCAACAGCCAGCAAAUGCUUCAGGAAAUAAGGAACAGCCUGCGCAACUUGUCCAAACCCUCUGACCCACCUAAAGUGGACAUAGGCGGAGCUGGAAAAAUGCUUCCUGAGGAUCCAAGGCAGCAAGGGCGCAGCAGCAACCCCAAACACCCAUAUCAUAAGGCCUUACAGGAGAUCCGGAAAUCCCUGUUGCCUUUUGCUAAUGAGGCCAACACUUCAGGCCCCGAGGUGAACAAACACAUGUCACUGGAACCCCCCUUUGCAGGGUUCGAGGAGCCAAGCAACAGUCGCAAUAUGGGGGUGACCAUAGACUACAUGGGUAAGGUGACCUACCAGGACUCGAUGAGGGAACAGAUGGCUGUUGCCAACCCCAACACUACAGGCCUGAAAGCCCCAGGUGCUUCCCAUAUGCAACAGGCUGUGCUGAGGAGGCCGAGCUGGAAAGGCUCUAAGGAGUCUUUGGCUCCUCGACAUGGCCCCAUCAUGGUAGAUGGAAUGAUGCACCGCUCUGACAGCCCCGGACCGCCUUCCGCCUUCCCACAGGGUCACCCUGCUAACAGCCAGAGAGUCAACCCUCCACUGCCGCCUCAGGUGCGCAGCGUGACACCUCCUCCAAACCGCGGUGCCAUGCCUCCUGCAACGUCCUGGGACAACAACCCAUCAACCAAGCGCUACUCUGGUAACAUGGAUUACUUUGUGCCCCGCAUCUCUCCGGUACCCCAGGGAGCCUGGCCUGAUGGGUACACAGCUGCAGCGCCUCAGAAUCAGCGUGGGAUCAGCCCAGUGUCUGUGGGCCACCAGCCCAUCAUAAUGCAAAGCUCUGGAGGGAAUAAGUUCACCUUCCCCUCCAGCUGGUCUCAGAAUGGCUCCCCUCAGCCAGACUACUUGGCGGGGGGCAGCCGACAGCCUCCUCCCCCAUACCCAGUCAACCAGAGCAGCCGGCACAGUCCCACUGAUCAGCAGAUGCAGGCAGGAGGACCGGCGUCCUCUCCCUCUUACGUCAACGGUGGAAACAUCCCUCAGUCCUUGAUGGUUCCCAACCGAAACAGUCACAACCUUGACAUGUGCAACAUAGGUCCUCAGUCCUGGUCUCAACCGCCUCUUGCCCCUAACCAGCCGCAGUCUUCCUCUGGCAACAGCAGCAACCAGGAUUUGUCCCCAUCAUGGCAGCACAACAUGCCUGUCCGCUCCAACUCCUUCAACAACCACCAGCUGAAUGGCAGAGCGGCCCACCCAGCCAGCUCCCAGCCCUCAGCCACCACAGUCACCGCCAUCACGCAAGCUCCCAUCCUGCAGCCAGUGAAAAGCAUGCGUGUUCACAAACCUGAGUUACACACUGCCGUUGCGCCCACACACCCUCCGUGGAUGCAGCAGGCUCCACCCCCUCCAGCUGCACCUGCCUACCCAGAACCCUCAGCUCCUGUUCCUCAGAUCCCUGUCGUAGCAGAGGUACCUAGUUACCAGGGUCCCCCUCCCCCGUACCCUAAGCACCUCCUCCAGCAGGCGACUGCACCCUGUCCCCCAGCUUACGAUCCAAACGCCAAUAAGCUCAGCGCUGGCAGGGACGAGCCCGCUGAGGAGGAGGGCGGCAGCGGUGAGAGCACCAGAGACAAAACGGCAGAAAACCCCAAAAGCGCCACAGCGACAGAGAAGGAGAAGAAACAGAUCACGACAUCGCCCGUUCCUGUCCGUCGUAACAAGAAGGACGAGGAGCGGAGGGGGGAGUCCGGCAGAGUCGCGCUGUACUCCCCGCAGGCCUUCAAGUUCUUCAUGGAGCAACAUGUGGAGAACAUCCUAAAGAACCAUCAGCAGCGGAUCAGAAGAAGGAAGCAGCUGGAAAGUGAGAUGCAAAGGGUGGGUCUGUCUUCAGAGGCCCAGGAGCAGAUGCGUAUGAUGCUCUGUCAGAAAGAGUCCAACUAUAUCCGGCUAAAGCGAGCCAAGAUGGACAAGUCCAUGUUCAAACGGAUCAAGACCCUCGGCAUCGGCGCCUUUGGUGAGGUGUGUUUGGCCAGAAAAGAGGACACGGGAGCGCUGUACGCCAUGAAGACGCUCCGUAAGAAGGACGUGCUGCUGAGGAACCAGGUGGCCCACGUCAAGGCAGAGAGGGAUAUCCUGGCUGAGGCCGACAAUGAGUGGGUGGUGCGUCUCUACUACUCUUUCCAAGACAAGGACAACCUGUACUUCGUCAUGGAGUACAUCCCCGGAGGGGACAUGAUGAGCCUUCUCAUCCGGCUCGGCCUCUUCAAAGAAGAGCUGGCUCAGUUUUACAUCGCAGAGCUCACCUGCGCUGUGGAGAGCGUCCACAAGAUGGGCUUCAUCCACCGGGACAUCAAGCCUGAUAACAUCCUCAUAGACAGAGACGGACACAUAAAGUUGACCGAUUUUGGCCUUUGUACUGGCUUCCGCUGGACGCACGACUCCAAGUAUUACCAGAGUGGGGACCAUGUGAGGCAGGACAGCAUGGACUUCAGUAAGGAAUGGGAAGACCCAGCUAACUGCCGCUGCACAGACCGUCUGAAGCCUCUGGAGAGGAGGAAGGCCCGGCAGCACCAGCGCUGUCUGGCUCAUUCACUGGUCGGGACGCCCAACUACAUAGCACCGGAAGUGCUGCUCCGAACAGGAUACACCCAGCUCUGUGAUUGGUGGAGCGUUGGGGUCAUCUUGUAUGAAAUGGUUGUUGGACAGCCUCCCUUCUUAGCGACCACACCCCUGGAGACACAGCUGAAGGUGAUAAACUGGAAGAGCACGCUGCACAUUCCCCCGCAAGCCAAGCUCAGCCCGGAGGCGUCGGAUCUCAUAGUUAAACUGUGCCGGGGCCCCGAGGACCGCCUCGGUAAGAACGGCACGGACGAAAUCAAAGCUCAUCCUUUUUUCAAGACCAUCGACUUCUCCAGUGACCUGAGACAGCAGGUGGCGCCCUACAUCCCCACCAUCGCCCACUCCACAGACACCUCCAACUUCGACCCCGUGGACCCGGACAAGCUGUGGAGCAGCGACAGUGACGGCGAGGACAAGCACAACGACACCCUCAACGGCUGGUUCCGCAACGGCAAACACCCCGAGCACGCCUUCUAUGAGUUCACCUUCCGACGCUUCUUUGAUGACAACGGUCACCCGUACAGCUGCCCCAAACCCAUCGAGUACGAGGGCUACAACGAGGACGAUGCGGACUCAGAGGGCCCGGUGCAGGAGGCAGCCGGUUGCUCAGGGACACAGGGCCGAGACCUGGUCUAUGUGUAGCGCGAGGGGCCGGCUGAGCUGCCUGCUGUACAUAAUGAGUUUGUGGAGUGUGUGUGUGUGAGUGAAGGGGGGGUUGCAACAGUACAGCAUUUAAAACCUUAAACAAAGGAAAGUAUGUUUGUAGGAUCAGUGAGAACACUCUGCAGCACAAAAUCACAUCAACAGACUUUAGUUUAUAAAAAAAACAAAAAAACACUACAAGUCAAAGGAAUAAUUUUGGUAUA